AUGCCUACGUCGGGAGAAACGCUUCGGGCCUGGUUGCUGUCAGCGCUGGUCGUGCACGGUGCGGUCGCCGGUAAUCCGGACGCCAAGCGACUGUACGACGAUCUGCUGAGCAACUACAACAAGCUGGUCCGUCCCGUCGUAAACACGUCCGAUGUGCUGCGCGUAUGCAUCAAGCUAAAGCUGUCUCAGCUAAUCGAUGUGAAUUUGAAAAAUCAAAUUAUGACCACCAACCUUUGGGUGGAACAGUCCUGGUACGACUACAAACUACGCUGGGAACCGAAAGAGUAUGGCGGGGUGCAGAUGCUACACGUACCCUCCGAUCACAUCUGGCGGCCAGACAUAGUGUUGUACAAUAAUGCCGACGGCAAUUUCGAGGUGACGUUAGCAACAAAAGCAACCAUAUAUUCGGAAGGUUUGGUUGAAUGGAAACCACCUGCCAUUUAUAAAUCAUCAUGUGAAAUUGACGUAGAAUAUUUUCCAUUCGAUGAACAAACAUGCGUAUUGAAAUUUGGAAGUUGGACAUAUGAUGGUUUUAAGGUUGACCUGCGGCAUAUGGACGAGAAGUCGGGCAGUAACAUCGUAGACGUCGGUGUGGACUUGUCCGAGUUUUAUAUGUCCGUCGAGUGGGAUAUCUUGGAGGUGCCGGCUGUAAGGAACGAAAAGUUCUACACCUGCUGCGACGAGCCGUACUUGGAUAUCACGUUCAACAUAACGAUGCGCCGAAAGACGCUCUUUUACACCGUCAACAUCAUCAUUCCGUGCAUGGGCAUAUCGUUUUUAACCGUGCUGACGUUCUAUCUGCCUUCGGACAGUGGCGAAAAGGUAACGCUUUCGAUAUCGAUUUUGAUUAGCCUUCACGUGUUCUUCUUGCUGGUUGUCGAAAUCAUACCGCCAACGUCGCUAGUUGUGCCUUUGUUAGGAAAGUAUCUCAUCUUUGCCAUGAUACUUGUGUCCAUUAGUAUAUGCGUCACGGUAGUGGUGUUGAACGUCCAUUUCCGGUCACCUCAAACCCAUCGAAUGGCACCGUGGGUGAAAACGUUUUUUAUUGGUAAGCAUCCAACCACCAAGAACGAUCAGUUGAUUAAUUGGAAAUGUAUUUUCUGUGUGUUUCUUUUUUCAAUUUUAGACUUUUUACCACGAUUUCUCUUUAUGAAACGGCCACCGUACAUCGAAAACCACAGAAAACUGCUAUCCAAAGACCUACACGCUUGCUUUUAUCCUUAUUACUCGACUACUACAUUAAAUCGUAUAGCUCGUUUUACUAAUAGGGCUCCAUCUAAAGAAGAUCUUUCUCCGUCAAGUUUGUCAGGUACGGGACCGUUCGGUGGAAGCUGUCAAAUACACGGACCGAUUCAGCUGCCCCAUUCGGAGUCGGAGGAACUGUCGAUGUCUACAGCAGCCGAUACGGCCGUCCCGUCCGGCAUCAAGAGCCCAGCGUUCAAACAGCCAGCCUUUUCGCACGCCGUCUGUUCGACCGAGGUACACCGGAGUUGCUUCUGCGUGCGGUUCAUCGCCGAGCACACCAAGAUGCUGGAAGAUUCGACAAAGGUAAAGGAAGACUGGAAGUACGUCGCAAUGGUGCUCGAUCGACUGUUUUUGUGGAUCUUCACGCUGGCGGUGUUGGCCGGCACGGCCGGUAUUAUACUGCAGGCCCCAACCCUGUACGACGACCGGAUACCGAUCGACAAGACGUUUGACGAGCUGGCCACCUCGACCGUCGUACGCUGUCCCCCGCAAUAACGCUCG